ACCACUGUCUGACUGUGAAGAGAGUUAAAGCGCUCACGAUCGGUCCUCGAGGCCACAAGAAUUUGGAUUAUUUUAAACAAUUUCAGCAAAUCUCGUUUCAUUUGAACUGCAACUUGUGUCGGACUGCUGUGGUGGUGAUACUGCCACGGAGUUAUACGCGUUUGACACGCCUGUGAGAGGAGCUGCAACAGUUUUCAUCUUUAAAUAUCACACCGUGUCACACUCUGCAUUUGACGCCAAGGACUCUUUGGAUUACAGUCGAAUUAAAACCUCUUCAUUUAACUACUCGAUUCUGACUGACUUUUACGUUGUUUGGCAAAUUGUCCGUCUAAUUAAAAUAAAACAUAUUCGCAUGUGCUGUUAAAUUUUUCCCGGUCUAGUUUCAUUCAUACUACUUUGAGCGACUUUGUAGUCCGUACCCACAGAUAUAAGUAAGUUUUAUGCGUGUUUGAAACAGAAACGGCCGUCAUGCUCGCUCUUCUCGUGCCACUGCUGCUCAUACACGCGUCUUGGAGCGGGAAAGUGGCUCGCGCGAGUGGCGCUAAAGGAAGCCGCUUCGUGUGCACGCCCGUGCCCGCCGACACCGACAUCAGCUGCCCGGUGGAAACCGCUAACAGGGUCCAAAGCACCAGCCCGCAGGAGGAGGAGUUGCGGAGCACCAUCAUUCAGCUGCGAGAGACCAUCCUCCAGCAAAAGGAGACUAUCGUAAGUCAGCAGGGCACUAUCAAAGAGCUCAACUCCAAACUCGCGCGCUGCGAGGCGGACGCCAGGUCGCGGGGCAGCGCGCGCAGGAAGGAGUUUGGUAAGAACACGAUGGGCGAUCUGCCACGAGACCCAGCGGAGACCGUCGAGCAACUGGGCAAGACCAUGCAGAGCCUGAAAGACCGACUGGAGAACCUGGAGCAGCAGCUGCGUACCAACACAUCCGGAGGACCGCUCCCCAAUGAUCUGAAAGACCUGCUGAGACGUCGCCUUGGUGACCUGGAGAGCCAACUGUUGACCAGAGUGUCCGAACUGGAGGAAGAAAAGAGCCAGCUGUACAACGAGACGGCCGCUCACCGGCAACGUACAGAGAACACCCUCAAUUCACUGCUGGAGAGGAUCACCGAGCUGGAGAAAAGUAACAGCGCAUUUAAAUCCCCAGAGGAGUUUAAAGUGUCUCUGCCCUUGCGUACCAACUACCUGUAUGGCCGUAUAAAGAAGAGUCUGCCAGAGAUGUACGCCUUCACCGUGUGCAUGUGGCUCAAGUCCAGCGCCAGUCCCGGAAUCGGAACUCCCUUUUCUUACGGUGUCCCGGGACAGGCCAAUGAGAUCGUUCUGAUAGAGUGGGGAAACAACCCCAUCGAGCUGCUUGUCAAUGAUAAGGUAGCUCAGCUGCCUCUCGCCGUGAGUGACGGCCGAUGGCAUCACAUCUGCAUCACCUGGACGACCAGAGAUGGCUUCUGGGAGGCGUAUCAGGAUGGAGAGCGACUAGGGACCGGAGAGAACUUGGCCCCGUGGCACCCAAUUAAACCUGGAGGAGUCAUUAUACUGGGCCAAGAACAGGACAUCGUAGGUGGGAGAUUUGAUGCCACACAGGCGUUUGUAGGAGAGUUAAGCCACUUUAACAUGUGGGACAGAGUCCUGCGUCCUAUAGACAUCUCUGCUAUGGCUAACUGCUCUGCCUACAUGCCUGGCAACGUGGUGCCAUGGGUCGAUGCCAACGUGGAGGUAUUUGGCGGUGCCACCAAAGCAGCGUUGGAAAUUUGUGAAGAUCGUCUGUUUGAGUCCUAAAGACACGUCUAUAGAUCUGAAAGCAAGCGUACUCGUUUAAGAGGUAACCCACGUCCCAAUAUCACUCUGGGAGCUUACAGAAAGACAAAAGCAAUGAAAAGAACCACUGUGGACACAAUGGAUUAUUUCCUCCUUUAUUUCGCUUCCUUUUUAUUUUGAGAUGUUGCUGUCAGCCGGCACAAUAAAUAAAAUGAUUGUGAUUUAGUAAAAAUGUCAGUCAGCACAAACAAGGUCAGAAUCUAGUAUUUGCAGCUCCGGCGCUGGCGUGAAGCUCUCUGGUUGUUAGUAGAUGUGCUUUUUUCUUCUGUGUCUCGUCCUUCGAAACUUCUCUCUACAAAUGCGUGGCUAUUUUUACGCUCUACAGUAGAGAUGGAUUUUUUUACCGUCUUAUUGCAGUCAAACAUUGAGCUUUUGUAAUGUCGUGUAUGGAUUAUGGGUCCUUGAAACCACCGAUUUUUUCACACAUUUUCAGCACUAUAUCCAGAGCUUUAUGAAACACAUGAAUGUGCCAGUCUGUGACACACAGAGACAUUUGGACUGUGUGUGUGUGUGUGUGUGUGUGUGUCUGUGUUUGAUCAAAAGAUUAGUUCACAUUUUUAAAGUCUACUUUAAUACUGCAAUACAUAAGCAUCUACUGUCUCUAGCAGAUUCGCCAUCCAGAAUGUUAAACGCAAAGGUAUCAAGCACCGGCUUACAGCUACCAGAUGCCCUCAGGAGCUGGAAAGACGACAGGACAGAAAGAUCUAGCUGAAGGGAUUCGCCUCAUGAAGCUUGAUGAGUAUCGAGAGUAUGAUUUGUUAAAUACAAGUGAAGGUACACAUUAACAGAAAGAUCUCAAUGAGGAAAGUGUGUUGUACUUUUUUAAAUAAUGUUUUGUCAAUAUAAAUAUAUACGUAUCUCUGUCAGGGUUUUUGUGAACCUUUUAGACCCUUGCACAAAGCACUAGGAAAAUGAGCGAGACUAUUUUUUUAAGAAGAUGAGAAAGACAUAUUGAUAGGCACUAAUGAGGUCGACGGCGCUUGCUCUCGUUUAGAGAAUGAUGACAGAAGGUUUGAUUUAUCUGAUGUCUGAUGCUGCACAUGGGUGAAUCUGACUGGAACACGGCCGGGUCAUAUUUUAUCCUACAAUCAAAUGGAAGAAAGAGAAAACUGUCAUUUGUGUAACAAACACUGAAGCCUGUUUUUAGAACCAUGAAAUGUUUUGCAUUCAGAAAUUCUUUCCAUGAUAAUUGCACCCCUGAGCCAUUGGAAUACCGUAAUUCCAACUAAAUCUCAUUCUCUACUCUAAUGUGACAAAUUAUACAUUAUUUUAGUUUUAAAGUAUUUUCUGUACAAAUCACAGAAGCAGUAUUUUUUUGUAUAUUAUGCGAGCAAUCAUUUUAUUACAAUAAUGACAAUCUAAAAUGUGGGGGGGGGUUGAAAUGUGACCUGCAGAUGUUACGGUGAGAUUUCCCCAUGUACUUUACUGAUUCAUUUUGUGCUUGAUCUAUUUAUAUGACUUGUUGACAUUGUAGGUUUGUGUUUAUUUAGAGCAGUGCAAUAUAUGGGAUACUUUAUGUAAAUGUGGACAUUUCUGCGUUUUCACGUCUAGAUGCACCAGCGGGCCUGUCGCUCUCGCUGUGUCUUGCUGUGUUACAUGGAAGAUUUUAUUUCAAUGUUCAGCUUGUGCACAAAAGCCAGAUGAAAGUCUGUGAAAUGCAGCAUUCUCUUGCUGUAGAUGCUAAUAAUGCUUUAGUGUGUUGAACCAUGUUUUUACACGCAGGCUACGAAAAGAGCACUGCUACACUGAAAUGAUCUUAAUUCAGCUUUUUUGAAUGUACACUGCAUUUUGUGUCAUAAAUGUAAAAAAUAUUUUGUAAAUCCAGUUUUAGUAUGUUGCCUUCAAGUCUUGUUGGACUGAUCAUAUUUAAGCACAUCAGAAGUUCUUUAAGCUCUGACUGGCAGAGGAGCCCAUGUGUGAUUGAUAGAGUCUUUGUUUUUUGUUAUUAUUACAAAAAAUCAAUUACAAGCUUGUGCAAUCUUUUUCUUUUUAAUUUGUUGUACCAGCAUCUGAAAAAUUUUGUUCUGUGUCUGGAAAUGAUAAGACUCGAAAUAUGAAAGUCAUUUAAUUAUGACCAAAAUUGAAUGCACUAUAUGUCAAAAUUAUGAUUUUGAAGAAUUUUCCAGGCGGACUUGAACGCAACAGCAAGCUGCUUCUUUAUUAUUUGUUUUGUUCAGAAUGUAACUGUAAUAUUUUGUCCUAAAAUGAAUGGCCUUUAGCACCAAUAGUGCUUUCUAGGUUUUUAAAAAAUACAACCCCUAAUGUUGAAGACUAUGACAACAAAAGACAAGAGUGAGAAAAAUAAUAGGCACAAAAAAUAUGUUGAUUGUUACUCUUCAGACAG